GCGAGCGCGAGAGGGGAAAGGAGGGAGGGGGUGGGGAGGAGGGAACCUCACAUCACGUGACAGGGGCGGCGCGGCCCGGGGUGUCAGUGUGGAGGAGACUGAGUAUUCUACCUUGUAAAUACUGUUAUUUGUAUAUACUGUAAAUGAUGACGUCGGUGGGCACUAACCGAGCCCGGGGAAACUGGGAACAACCUCAAAACCAAAACCAGACACAGCACAAGCAGCGGCCACAGGCCACUGCGGAACAAAUUCGACUUGCACAGAUGAUUUCAGACCAUAAUGAUGCUGACUUUGAGGAGAAGGUGAAACAAUUGAUUGAUAUCACAGGCAAGAACCAGGAUGAAUGUGUCAUUGCUUUGCAUGACUGCAAUGGAGACGUCAACAGAGCCAUCAAUGUCCUACUGGAAGGAAACCCAGAUACGCAUUCGUGGGAGAUGGUCGGGAAGAAGAAGGGAGUCUCCGGACAGAAGGAUGGUGGCCAAACGGAAUCCAACGAGGAAGGCAAAGAAAAUCGAGACCGUGACAGAGACUAUAGUCGGCGACGUGGUGGGCCACCAAGACGAGGGAGAGGUGCCAGCCGUGGAAGAGAGUUUCGGGGUCAGGAAAACGGAUUAGAUGGCACCAAGAGUGGAGGGCCUUCUGGAAGAGGUACAGAAAGAGGCAGAAGAGGACGUGGCCGAGGCAGAGGUGGCUCUGGUAGACGAGGAGGAAGGUUUUCUGCUCAAGGAAUGGGAACCUUUAACCCCGCUGAUUACGCAGAGCCGGCCAGUACCGACGAUAACUAUGGCACUAACAGCGGCGGCAGUACGUGGAACAACACUGGCCACUUCGAACCAGAUGAUGGGACGAGUGCUUGGAGGACUGCAACAGAGGAAUGGGGAACUGAAGAUUGGAAUGAAGAUCUGUCAGAGACCAAGAUCUUCACGGCCUCUAAUGUGUCUUCAGUGCCUCUGCCUGCGGAGAAUGUGACAAUCACUGCUGGUCAGAGAAUUGACCUUGCUGUUUUGUUGGGGAAGACACCGUCUUCAGUGGAGAAUGACUCAUCCAAUUUGGAUCCAUCUCAGGCUCCUUCUCUGGCCCAGCCUCUGGUGUUCAGUAAUUCAAAGCAGAGUGCCAUAACCCAGCCUGCUUCCGGAAACACGUUUUCUCAUCACAGCAUGGUGAGCAUGUUAGGGAAAGGAUUUGGUGAUGUUGGUGAAGCCAAAGGUGGCAGCACUACAGGCUCGCAGUUCUUGGAGCAGUUCAAGACGGCUCAGGCCUUGGCCCAGUUGGCGGCACAGCAUUCGCAGUCUGGAACCACCACCACCUCCUCUUGGGACAUAGGCUCUGCCUCACAGUCCCCAUCGCUGGUGCAGUACGAUUUGAAGAACCCAAAUGAUUCAACCGUACACAGCCCCUUUACCAAACGCCAGGCUUUCACCCCGUCUUCAACCAUGAUGGAGGUGUUUCUUCAGGAGAAGCCACCGGCAGUGGUUACCUCCACCACCGCACCUCCACCCCCCUCUUCUCCUCUGCCGAGUAAACCCACCUCGGCCCCGCAAAUGUCUCCUGGCUCUUCAGACAACCAGUCCUCUAGCCCUCAGCCGGCUCAGCAGAAAUUGAAACAACAGAAGAAAAAGGCCUCCUUGACUUCAAAGAUCCCGGCUCUGGCUGUGGAGAUGCCUGGCUCGGCAGAUAUCUCAGGGCUGAACCUGCAGUUCGGGGCUUUGCAGUUUGGGUCAGAGCCCGUCCUUUCUGAUUACGAGUCCGCCCCCACCACGAGCGCCUCUUCAAGCCAGGCUCCCAGCAGCCUCUAUACCAGCACGGCCAGUGAAUCUUCAUCCACAAUUUCAUCUAACCAGAGUCAGGAGUCCGGUUAUCAGAGCGGUCCAAUUCAGUCGACAACCUAUACCUCCCAAAAUAAUGCUCAGGGUCCUCUGUAUGAACAGAGGUCCACACAGACUCGACGGUACCCCAGCUCCAUCUCCUCAUCACCCCAAAAGGACCUGACUCAGGCAAAGAAUGGCUUCAGCUCCGUGCAGGCCCCGCAGUUACAGACCACGCAAUCUGUUGAAGGUGCUACAGGCGCUGCAGUGAAAUCUGACUCACCUUCUACUUCGGGCCUCCCCCCUCUCAGCGAAACGGUGUCUGCAGCUUCCUUACUGACAACAGCCACUCAGCACUCAUCCUCCUUGGGUGGCUUGAGCCAUGGCGAGGAGAGUCCAAAUGCUACCACCACGCAACACAGCAGCCCCUUAGCCACGCAGCAGAACACCCUUUCAUCAUCCACAUCUUCUGGGCGCACUUCUACAUCUACUCUUCUGCACACAAGCGUGGACAGUGAGGCGAACCUCCAUUCUUCCUCCAGCACUUUCUCCACCACAUCCAGCACGGUUUCUGCGCCUCCGCCUGUGGCCAGUGUCUCCUCCAGUCUCAGCAGCGGCAGCAGCUUGGGCCUGGGGCUCAGCAGCAACUCCACCGUCACAGCCUCAACUCGGAGCUCGGUUGCUACAACUUCAGGAAAAGCUCCUCCCAACCUCCCUCCAGGGGUCCCGCCGUUGUUGCCUAAUCCGUACAUUAUGGCUCCGGGGCUGUUACAUGCCUACCCGCCACAAGUUUAUGGUUAUGAUGACUUACAGAUGCUUCAGACCAGAUUUCCCUUGGAUUACUACAGCAUCCCAUUUCCCACGCCCACCACUCCGCUGACUGGGAGGGAUGGUAGCCUGGCCAGCAACCCUUACUCUGGUGACCUCACAAAGUUUGGCCGUGGGGAUGCCUCCUCCCCGGCCCCGGCCACAACCUUGGCCCAGCCCCAACAGAACCAGACUCAGACUCACCACACCACGCAGCAGACAUUCCUGAACCCGGCGCUGCCUCCUGGCUACAGUUACACCAGCCUGCCGUACUACACAGGGGUUCCGGGCCUCCCCAGCACCUUCCAGUAUGGGCCUGCUGUGUUCCCUGUGGCUCCUACCUCUUCCAAGCAGCAUGGUGUGAAUGUCAGUGUGAACGCAUCGGCCGCCCCUUUCCAGCAGCCAAGCGGAUAUGGGUCUCACGGAUACAACACUGGUGUAUCAGUCACCUCCAGUAACACGGGCGUGCCAGAUAUCUCGGGUUCUGUGUACUCCAAAACCCAGCAGUCCUUUGAGAAACAAGGUUUUCAUUCCGGUACUCCUGCUGCCUCCUUCAACUUGCCUUCAGCCCUAGGAAGUGGGGGGCCCAUCAAUCCGGCCACAGCUGCUGCGUACCCGCCUGCCCCCUUUAUGCACAUCCUGACCCCCCAUCAGCAGCCGCACUCCCAGAUCCUCCAUCAUCACCUGCAGCAGGAUGGCCAGCUACCAUAUUUGCAGAUGGUUCUCUGUUGCCAGCGCCAGCAGGAGGAGCAGACGGGCAGCGGGCAACGUAGCCAGACCAGCUCCAUCCCGCAGAAGCCCCAGACCAACAAGUCUGCCUACAACAGCUACAGCUGGGGGGCGACUGAGGCCCUGACCCUCUUCUUCUCCCGGUCCCAUCUUCUGAGAGGGCUUCUCAGCCUGGCAACUACGGAAACAGCAUCAAGAAAGGAAUGGGGGGGUCCGCUGCCCCCCACCCCCAGCGGCCUGCCCCAUGCCUCAGCUUCAUGUCUGUCCCGUUCCCAUACCAUCCCCACUCUGUUGUAUGUAUUAUAGGAUUUGUAUUUUCUUUUUUUUUUUCCCCCUUUCCUCUCCUACCCCCUUGCAUUCAAGAUUAUGAAACUUUGCUGUGGGCCCUGCCUGCCUUUUCCUCCUCCUAUUCACCCUGGUGGUGGAUGGGUGAGGUGGGGAGGGGGGACCCCCAAAUAUAUAUCAGCCCAACA